CUCCCGUGCCACCUCCAUCCCCUCCUCCCGGGUCACCUCCCGUGCCACCCCCGUCCUCUCCUCCCGUGUCACCUCCCGUGCCAGCCCCGUCCCCUCCUCCCCUCCCGGCUCAGGGAUCCCCGGUGUCGGCCCGCGGCGGUGGAUGGAGCUGCAGCUCCAGCACAAGCCCUGGAAGCAGCAGCAGCUCCUGCUCUCCUUGCCCAGAUAAACCUUCUCGAUGCUGCUGUGGCAGUCUGAGCCAGCCCUGCCCGGAGCCGACGGGCUCCCUGCAGGUCGGCAUCGCUCUGGGAAUACUCCUCUGGUUCAAGGAGUGUUUGGGCAGCGCUCUCAGGCACAAGGUGGGAUGGUUGGGGUGUCCUGUGCAAUGCCAGGAUCUGAACUUGAUGAUCCCUGUGGGUCCCUUCCAUCUCAGGACAUUCUGUGGUUCUCUGUGCUUGACCCUAAUACAGAGCACAAGGAGAAAAAUCCACCCCUGUAUGGGAUAAUGGAAGCUUUGGCCUCUGUUGGGCCUAACUUUCACCCUGCACAGUAAAAUUUCACAAGAGUGACAUUUGUACAGCUAUUUUUACUGGCUUUUUUUAGCCAAUUCUCUUUUCUGUUGGUAGGAAUUGGUCCUGACGCUUUCUGGUCAGUGUGACCUUGCUUCACCGGGAAGUGCUGGUUUUGUUCCACCGUCAAAUUAAUUACAAAUAGGAGACAGUUCAUGGGGAUUAAUUAGGGCAUGGAUGUACUGUAUGGAUUCUGGAGCAACAGUUGGUACCACUGGGUUCAGCUUUUUCAUUGGGUGUUCGGUUGGUAUUUGGAGAUGAGAGGAAGAACAAAACCCUUCCAUCUGACGGACCGUUGGUUAUUGUUGUUAUUUCCAUGUCUUCUGCCUGCUGAAAGUCAAGGAUAAUUGGCUAAAAAAACCUCAAACCGUCCCUUCCUGUUAGAAAUCCCUGUCACUGGGAUGUUCAAUGAGCCAGCUGUCAGUGCAGUUACCAAACCCUCCGUUCUUCGGGUCAGUGCAGUUACCAAACCCUCCGUUCUUCAGGUCAUUUAAAAGGGAAACUUGUUGUUUUCUGUCAAGAUUUGUGCUUAGGAAAAUGCAGGGUGCCUUUCUUUUGUAUUUUUGGUUCUUUCCAAGUGUAAUCCGAAGUUGUGCCUGUGCUUUCCUGGGGGAACAGUUCAGCUCGGUCCUGCGAAGCGGGAUAGGUAAGGAUUUUUAGAAGGGAAUUGGAGCUUUUUUGUGCCGUUGGACUCCAAGUGAAAGUCGUGGAUUUGCAGCAGCACUGGCAUUAACUCCUGGGUUUCCAGCAGUGCUGGCAUUAACUCCUGGGUUUCCAGCAGUGCUGGCAUUAACUCCGGGGUUUCCAGCAGUGCUGGCAUUAACUCCGGGGUUUCCAGCAGUGCUGGCAUUGGCUCCAGCGUUUCUCUGGAGAGGGGAGGACGGUGUUUGCAGCUCUGUGCUCGCUGUGGCUGCGCGGCUCGGCGGGGGUGGGCUGAGCUGUCACAUAUUUCGGUGUCUGGCGAAUGCGUGACUCGCUCGGCCCGUCCUGCUCCUGUGGGCAGUGACGAGAGUUGGGAACGAGGGGCUGGUCCUCGCUGGAGCCGAGCUGGAGUACUUGGAGUGCGGGGCUCUCCCGGGUGCAGCCGGGGCUCUGACCAUGUCUGUGAGCGAGGAGGCGGCCAGGCACCUUCCCCGUCCCUCAGCUGGGUCUGAGCCCCCCGUGUUGGCCCUCUGAUGUCUGAGGAACUGCUGAAGGAUGCGGCCGCGGGCGCCGAGGGCUGGCUCGCUGACAAGGAGCAGACUCCUCAAAGGCCUGCAGAGGAGACGUAGGAUCUUCAAGCAAGUUCUGGCAGCUGGAUCCCGAUAACAGAUAAACUCACUUGACCACCAUGAGUUGGAGCUUUCUGACCCGCCUGUUAGAGGAGAUCCAGAACCACUCGACCUUUGUUGGCAAGAUCUGGCUGACAGUGCUGAUUGUGUUCCGGAUUGUCCUGAUUGCCGUGGGGGGAGAGUCCAUCUACUACGACGAGCAGAGCAAGUUCGUGUGCAACACGGAGCAGCCGGGCUGCGAGAACGUCUGCUACGACGCCUUCGCCCCCCUCUCGCACGUCAGGUUCUGGGUCUUCCAGAUCAUCCUGGUGGCCACUCCCUCGGUGCUGUACCUGGGCUACGCCAUCCACAAGAUCGCCCGGAUGGUGGAGCACGGCGAGGCCGGGAGGAGGGGCCGCAGGAGGAGCCUGCCCAUCCGCUGGAAGCAGCACCGCGGCCUGGAGGAGGCCGAGGGCGACCACGAGGAGGACCCGAUGAUGUACCCGGAGAUGGAGGUGGAGAGUGUCCGGGAGAGCAAGGAGAAGCAGAGCCCCGCCAAGGCCAAGCACGACGGCCGGCGGCAGAUCCGGGAGGACGGGCUCAUGAGGAUUUACGUGCUGCAGCUCCUGGCCAGGGCCCUGUUCGAGGUCGGCUUCCUGGUGGGGCAGUACUUCCUGUACGGCUUCCAGGUGAGCCCCGUGUUCGUGUGCAGCAGGAAGCCCUGCCCGCACAGAGUCGACUGCUUCAUCUCCAGGCCCACCGAGAAGACCAUCUUCCUGCUGAUAAUGUACGGGGUGAGCUGCAUGUGCCUGCUCCUGAACGUCUGGGAGAUGCUGCACUUGGGGUUGGGCACCAUCCGGGACACGCUCAACAGCAAGAGGAAGGAGCUGGCGGACUCUGGGACCUUCAACUACCCGUUCACCUGGAACACCCCGUCGGCUCCCCCCGGGUACAACAUCGCCCUGAAGCCGGAGCAGAUGCCGUGCACGGAGCUGUCCAACGCCAAGAUGGCCUACAAGCAGAACAAAGCCAACAUAGCUCAGGAGCAGCAGUACGGCAGCACCGAGGGCAACAUCCCCACCGACCUGGAGAUCCUGCAGAGGGAAAUCAAAGUGGCUCAGGACCGCCUGGACCUCGCCAUCCAGGCCUACAACAACCAAAACAACCCCGGCAGUUCCAGAGGGAAGAAGUCCAAAGCAGGCUCGAACAAAAGCAGUGCCAGUAGCAAGUCAGGAGAUGGGAAGAACUCGGUCUGGAUUUAAUGUUGGCUGAGUUGAUGUACUGUGGUUUUCUCUCCUAGUUUAUCAUAAUAACCAGCAGCCCCCGUCAAUAAUGGCUUCCAUUAAGGGAAUAUUUGACUCUGCUUGUUUUCAGGGAUACCGUUGGCUAGUGAUGCAGCCCCUGGAGAGGGUUUAUACACUGACUCUGGGACUAUAGAACUUUAUUCUUUUGUCUUCCAAGUCAGGAGACAAAUAGGUAUAUUUAAUUCAUUCUCAUUGAACGGUUUAUGCUGUAUGUACAGUAUUAUAGUACAUUUAUUAUGCACAAUUUUUUUUGUAUUUGUACACUGGAUCUGAUGUUAUACUUUUUAUAUUGACCAGGACAAGGCCAUGGGUAGCCAUUAAUUAGCAUUUUGUUAAUUUUAUUAUUGUUGUCAGCAGUUAUGUCAUUGUUCUUCCUUGUUUUCCGAGUAAAACUUUUUAUAAAACUUUUC